AUCACCGUUUACCAGCUGUCUGAAUCUUAUAAUCUCUUCCAUUUCUAUAAGCAGUGCCAAUAUGACUUCCAAAACUCUCCUUCUUCUUGAUGCAGAUUUGCUGAUCUAAUCUUAAAUCUUUAUGUAUUUUGGUUUACUCUCCUUUGCAUAAAACCCAAUCUCCAGCUCUGCAUUUUUCCUUCAAAUCUGCAUUCAAUUCUUCAUUACCCAUUUUCCAUCUUCUUUCAUGUGAGAGGAUUCAGCUACACAAACCAAAACCAACAUAUUUCCACAAUUUCCCUCUAAAUCUGUUUCCCAAGUAGAUAUUGUUAUAUGGUAUCUGUUUCUGUUGGGUGUUUGAGUUAAGCAGAAGCAAAUCAUUUGGGUAUGGUGACUGGUCAGGAAAUGUCUCAGUCUCAGAACAGUUCGAAGCAAGCAGGUUGCUGCUCGUCAUCAACAACUUCUUCGGCUGUUUCAGCGGAGCUUAAGCUAUAUCAAGCUUUCAUCUUCUCUGUACCAAUUUUCUUUGCUUUCAUUCUCCUCUUCAUGUUCUAUUUGUUCUAUCUUCGCCGCCGGAGGGCUGAUUGGUCAUCUCUUAGGAUGAGAACCGCCUUAGACAACAACAAUGACCUCUACAUGGCUGAAUUGGGCCUCAAGAAAGAAGUAAGAGAGAUGCUUCCCAUUAUUAUAUACAAGGAGACCUUCUCUAUUAGAGAUACACAAUGCUCAGUUUGCCUUGGGGACUACCAAGCAGAGGAUAAACUUCAGCAGAUUCCUGCAUGUGGCCAUACAUUUCACAUGGACUGCAUUGAUCAUUGGCUUGCCAACCACACCACCUGUCCACUCUGCCGUCUUUCUGUCCUUGCUUCUCCUAAAGCUUCUGAUAAAUUGCCUGUUAUUCAAGCUGAAAAUGGUCAGGAGUCAUCUCAUCCUGAGAAUAGUAAUGGAUCAUCUGUUCAACCAAUGUCCCAAAGUUGUGAAGAAACACAUGAUGUACAGCCUUCUGAGCCAACUGUUGGAGAUGCAAGAAUUCUCCAACACAACAGCGAAGAACAGGAUUGUGUGGAUCAAGGAAGAGAGUUUAGAAAUACAAGGAAUGAAACCAGAGAGCAUGAGGGUAGCAGAGGAAUAUCUGCAGCUUGAUAUUUUGCAUGAACUAGGACCAUCAAGUUCGACAGUCCACUCCAUAUGGCAUCGUAUAUCCAUUUUCCAAGAUGCAAAGGAGUCAUCGGAAGUGUCUGUCACAACGAACUCCCGUGAGUAUUCCGACUGAAUAGUUAUUGUGACAGGACUAAAGCCUAAAGAAAUCAUCAGAUGCUUCUUUUGACAUUGGUGUCCUCAGGAUGUGGGCUAAACAAAGUAUCACCAAGCUGAUGCUUUUUUUGACAUUCGCAUCCCUAGGCUUUAUGCAACUGCUUAGAGCUAAGGAUUCCAUGGGAAAAAGAAUGUCUGUCCACUUCACAUGGUGUUUGUUUUAUUUGUGGUUCUAGAUAUCAUACUUCGUCGGAAAACUGCAGCAGAUAUAAGUUAGAUUUUGUAAGAGAGUGUCUUCUACAAUUGGAACCUUAUGUUUGACUGGAGCAAAGGAAAUGAAUGCCUUCCCUUGCUUUUGUGUCAUUAGGAGGAAGAGAGAUCUCUGACUUUCUUUUCCUGCAGACUUAUGAAAGUUGGUAAUAAGCUUCCUUUCCAUUUCUUUGUCUAAUUAAUCUGUAUAGAAUAUUUUUAGAAAUGGAAGUUUUCACUUUUGUUUCUCCAAUAAGCCUUGCUUCAUAUUUUAAAUGAGUUAUGCAUAUAUUAGUUGAAUUGGUUCUUCUA